AUGCGCGUGGCCGUCAUCGGGGCCGGGGUGAUCGGCCUCUCCACCGCCCUCUGCAUCCACCAGCAGUUCCAUAGCCUGGUGCCCUCCCUGGACAUGGAGGUCUAUGCAGACCACUACACUCCCCACACCACCAGUGACGGGGCAGCUGGCUUGUGGCAGCCCUACCUGAGCGACCAGGGCAACCUGCAGGAGACGGAAGUGAGGAGGGAGCCGGUGCUCUGGAACAAAGAGACGUUUGAUUACCUCCUCAGGCACCUGGGCUCACCAGCAGCGAGGGAAAUGGGACUUUUCCUCAUUUCUGGCUACAACUUGUUCACGCAGCCUGUGCCGGACCCAUCUUGGAAGAACAUUGUCCUGGGAUUCAGGAACUUAACACCAAAAGAGCUUGAACUCUUCCCUGGCUACAGCUACGGGUGGUUCAACACGGCGCUGAUGCUGGAGGGCAGGAGUUACCUGCCUUGGCUCACCAGCAGGUUAACUGAGAGAGGAGUAAAGUUUUUCCAUAAGAAGAUUGAAUCUUUCCAGGAGCUGUUUGCCCAGGGUGUGGACGUUGUCAUUAACUGCACAGGGGUGCGUGCUGGGCACCUGCAGCCUGACCCGGAGCUACAGCCCGGCCGAGGACAGGUCAUCAAGGUCCAGGCCCCCUGGGUGAAGCAUUUCAUCAUCACCCAUGACAUCAAGUCUGGUAUCUACAACUCGCCGUACAUCAUACCGGGGAGUGAGUUCACGGUCUUGGGAGGGAUCUACCAGCACGGCAACUGGAGCGAAGAAAACAGUGCCCAGGAUCACAAAACCAUCUGGGACAACUGCUGCAGGCUGCUCCCUGCCCUCCAGGUGAUACACAACUACGGCCACGGCGGGGUCGGGAUCACCAUCCACUGGGGCUGUGCCAGGGAGGCAGCCAGGCUGUUUGGGAACAUCCUGCAGGAGAAGCAGCCAGGCAGCCCCCCUUGCCCAUGA